AUGCGAAAAUCGAACGUCUUCUACGUGCCUGCCACCCCGCCGCCUGUAUACUCGGAAACUGUCCCGCGACCCGAGCACGUGUUGGGGAGUGUGGUAUUGAUCCCACUAACCUCCACGUCAUGGGAGAUAGGAAUGCUUGUAUGUGAUAGCAGAAAACAAUCCGGCGGUAUUGGUCGACAGUUGUUACAGUUUGGUGAAAACAGCGCUCGCAAAGCAGGCAUGGUGACAGCGGUAGUCACGCUUUUAGUUGCACGAGACUGGGUGCACCCUAGUAAGAAGCGGCUGAAUGAGUGGUAUGAAAGGGCUGGUUAUACUUGCAUUCGGGUUGAAUAA